CUCUCUCAAUAGAAAACAGAGGAGCCAGAGAGGCCUCGUGAAUGAGAAGAAUCCUUUGUGUUUCUUUCUACUGAGAGAGAGAGGGAGAGGCACGCGCGCGCCUGAUUGAAGAACUCAACACCCACCUAGGGUUUCUAUGAUUUCUCUCUUUCGAUAGAUUUAUAUAUAUAUAAGUUUGUACAUAAAAAUAAUUACAAAAUAUACAUUUAUCGAGAGAGAGAAAAAUGUCUCAGAAUGGCAAAUUAAUGCCGAAUCUGGACCAGCAAAGCACCAAAGUCCUUAAUCUGACUGUUCUUCAGCGAAUCGAUCCCUUUGUCGAAGAAAUUCUCAUCACUGCAGCUCAUGUCACCUUAUAUGAAUUCAACAUCGAUCGAAGCCAAUGGAGUCGCAAGGAUGUAGAAGGCUCUUUGUUUGUCGUCAAGAGGAACACUCAACCUCGGUUCCAGUUUAUAGUAAUGAACAGGAGAAAUACAGAUAAUUUGGUAGAGAAUCUCUUGGGUGAUUUUGAGUACGAAGUCCAGGUUCCAUACUUAUUAUAUCGAAAUGCGGCCCAAGAAGUAAAUGGUAUAUGGUUUUACAAUAAACAAGAAUGUGAGGAGGUUGCUAAUAUCUUUAGCAGGAUACUGAUUGCAUACUCCAAGGUGCCUCCAAAGUCGAACGUAUCUCCAACGAGAAGUGAUUUUGAAGAACUGGAAGCAGUACCAACUAUGGCAGUAAUGGACGGUCCUCUAGAGCCAUCAUCAUCAACUACCACUAACGUUACAGAUGUUACUGAUGACCCUUCCUUUGUGAAUUUCUUCAGCGCGGCUAUGAUUAUCGGGAAUGUUUCAAAUGCAGCAAUGACCGGACAGCCUUACCAGUUAUCUGCAGUGAUCCCACCUUCCCGUCCACCCAGCGUUCCUCCAACUGCACCAACCAUCCAGAUGCCAUCUCCUCCUCUCUCAGCAUCGACUUCUUUAAUGCCUCUCCUUGAUAACCCUGAAAUCAGCAACAAUAGCAAUCAGGCCACUAAUCUUGUAAAGCCAUCUUCGUUUUUCAGUCCUCCCCCUUCCUCUUCUACAUUAGUUAUGCCACCUGUCUCUCCAUCUAUGCCUACUGCUCCUCCACUUCAGCCUGUUGCGAGUCUCCAACGCCCUUAUGGUGCUCCAUUGCUUCAACCAUUUCCGCCACCCACACCCCCACCAUCUCUGACUCCAACUUCCGUACCUGCUGCAAACUAUGGUCCUGUUAUUAGCAGAGAUAAAGUCCGUGACGCCUUUCAGAUACUUGUUCAGGACAAUCAAUUCAUCGACAUGGUUUACCAGGCGCUACUGAAUGCACAUAAUUCCUGAGCAGUUUGAAGAACCAAUUUAUUUGAUUGUUUUGCCGUCUAUUCUUUAGUAGUCUUUGACCCAACAACUUUGAAGCUUGUUAUAUGACCUGUCUGUAUAGCACUCAGACUUGACUCGCUGUCAUUUGGCUUGGGUGAUGGGGAGUAUGCUUUUUGUAGUAUAUACUUCUGUCUUAUUGCUAUCAGUUUGUGAAAGCUCCAAAGUGAGAAUUGCAUUAUCGGUGUUGCGCUUUUCUUUGCUUGUAUUCAUUGAAGUUAGCUCUGUAUUGCAGUUGGCUGGAACAUCAUAAAAAUAUAGCAAUUCUUUGUCUGGA